AUGUUUCGUAUAUGGUUUGCAUUUAAUAUCUUCAUAACGAUAAUCUAUGGUCAUAUACAUCAGGGUGGUCUUUUGCCUGCUUUAAAAUAUAUUCAUGAUCGUCCCAUAUUAUCAUCUAAUAAAAUGUCUAUUAUAAACGAUAUGAAUAAAAAAUUUCUUAUCACUUAUCAUACAUAUAUGCCACCAGGUUAUUUAGUUACAUCAAUGUCAAAAUCAGAAUAUGAACAAAAAUUACAAACAAUAAUAAUUGAUCUUAAAGGUGCAAAACAUGAAGAACUUGAUUUAACAAUUGAACGUAUAUUUCAUGAAUAUUCAAUGAAUAAUAUUCAAAUAUUUGUUGUACUUCCAAAUAUUUCUCAAACUCAUCUAAGUGAAUUAAAACAAAAAAAAUAUUCUUCACAACUUAUAAAACAAUUUGGACCUCAUCUAGAUUUAGAUCAUGGUUUUGAUGAACUAUUUCAUAUUAAAUAUCAAUCGAUACAUACAAUAUGGAAUAAAUAUAAAGUUGAUUUAUAUCAAAUAACACGAAAUUCUAAAUAA